CCUGCGAACAGCCCUCCCUCCCGGCCUCUUCUCCCAAGGGUGAGCCUGGCACUGCCCCCACAGCUGCAGAUCACAGCCUGGGUCCGGCCUCGGGCUGGUUCUGCAGGUGCCCCCGGGAGACUGGCUGGGCUGGGGGUGACGAAGGGGCCCAGGGCAGGGCCCGGCCAUGUAAUUGCAGCCCACUUCCACCCCCGCUCCCAGGGGCCUGCCCGCCCGCCACAGCCUCAGCCACAACAUCCUUUGGGGUUUGGCCUACAAAGCUAGGGCGGAUGACCCCCAAAUAGCCUUGGCGUAGUCCCUGUGACCGCCUGCACUGUGGCCUGGCGCCCCCUCCCUGGGCACAGCCCCGAGAGUAUAAAGUGGCCGGGUUGGGAGCAUUGGCAGCCCAGCAGCCUCCAGCAACCAUGAAGCCCCUCACGCUCCUCGCCCUGCUGGCCCUGGCCAUGCUCUGCUGCACCAGCCAGGCGGAUGCCAAGCCCAGCAGCCCAGAGCCCCGCAAAGGUGCAGCCUUCAUGACCAGGCAGGAGGGCAGCGAGGUGGUGAAGAGACUCAGGCGCUACGUGGACCCUGGCCAGGGAGCCCCAGCCCCCUAUCCAGAUCCCCUGGAGCCCAAGAGGGAGGUGUGUGAGCUGAACCCGGACUGUGACGAGCUGGCAGACCAGAUUGGCUUCCAGGAUGCCUAUCAGCGCUUCUAUGGCACCGUCUAGAGCCU